AUGACUUUCCUUUACAAGUCGUCAGCGACAGUCUGCCUCGUUGCCCUGUGUGGGAUCCAGUCAGUAGCUGCCGACACAACAUACAAAUUUACGGUAGAGAAUGUAAGUGGAGAUGCCUACCUGGCUGCUAACCUGGCUCGUAAUGGACAGCUUCCAGUUCACAUCAGUGAAGUUGCAGAGGCCAACGACCUUGUUGCGAGUCUGACGGAACUAAUAAGCGAUAAACCGAUUACAGAGUCGUGUGACGACAUGCAGUUCGGCGUUGAGCUUAAGAAGGUGUUCCACGAGUUUUUCGAAUACACAGGCAAUAAUGACUACCGUGAAGUGCUGCAGGCUGCCCUGACGGCGGGAUUGGAUACCUUCAAAGAAACUUACCCUCAAGAUGUUAGUAAGUGGGCGGAGCUGUGGGAAAAUGAGGAGUUUGCCAGCCUGGCAUAUCUCCUCGGUUCAACAAGUACUCGUAUCGGGUGCGUCGUUGGAAAGUGUGCCAUAGAGGAGACUGCAACUAGAGAAACGGGGGGUCCAGAGGAUCCUCCAGAGGAUCCUCCAGAGGAGCCUCCAGCGAAGCCGACUGUAACUGCAACUGACAAGGCUGUGCUUUUCUGCAAACUAGAUCCUUCGACGCAGGAGAACACCGCCCCCUUUAGUGAGGACUACUUCAAAGCACUUAUUGCACGAGAGACCUCACUCACAGAUAUGACUGAAAACGACCUGCAACCAUCUGUUGAACUCGGUGCAGCACCAGCUGCCGUCCCCACCAUUCUGAUUGCCGGCUUGGUUGCCAUGCUGACAACCGGCUUUGCAUAA